AUAUUAACCUGCAUGUGACUUGUCUGGUGCUCAUUUCAGCUCCUUAUCUUGGUGUCCCACUCAAUACAGUCCCUCCCGCGGAACGCGAAAUAGUCAAAGGUUCCGCCUUCCGAAUAAAGACGUCAGGAGACGCUUCAAUGACGGCAGAUCUGACAGCUGACAAAGUAUUCUCUACACUGUGACGUUUUAUAUUCGUUUUUUGUUUUGGUUCAAAGUCCAGAUGGAGAACAUAGUGAGGUUCGAACACUGCGGGGAGCUAAUCUACACUUUCACACACCGGGAGGACACCCACAGCUCGGCGGAGGAACCGGGAGGGACCGGGAGCGGUCCGGCAGGUGUGCCCAGCGGGAGGUGUCCUCUGUGCGGGGAUUGGCUCAGCUUCCGGCUCCUGGACGCACCUGUGGCCGUCCCGUGUCCGUUCAGCAACGGGCACGAGACUCCGUGCGCGUUCCUCCUCUCAUCCCGAUCCGGACCGACAUCUAUCAGUGAACAGAAUGACUCUGAGCUUCACGUCGGGAUCUCAAACUCUGAAGGUGUUGUAUUCAGUUAUACAGAGUCGGGGGUUCAGCGUCAACAGCAGAGCUGGGAGAAGAGUCUGACCAUCCCUCUUAUUACCCCUAGCAACCACCCAUCUGUUCCCCUUAUAACCCCUAGCAACCACCCAUCACCUGCUGUGGUUACCCCUAGCAACCACCCGUCUCCUCCUCUCCUCCCUGGCAGCGUUGUCAGGUCGUGGGACCGACGCCUGGAGACCUUCUCCUCUCAGGACCGAUGGACCACAGACAGGUUUUCGGAGGAGGGGGAGUUUGGAUCCUGUUGCUAUGGUUUCGCUCUGAGUUUUAUUAAUGAGGUCAGGAGGUCAGAGGUCAUGGAGGUCAUCAGCCAAAACACGUUCACCCUCGGAUGCGUCCUGCCGACGAUACAGCGCAGCUCAAAGUACCUGAGCCUGUACGACCACAUCCGUCACCAUGGAUACUACCACAGUACUACAGCAUAGUACUACAGUACGCAGUGCCGAGUACAUGAGACUACCACUACAUACAUCAACACGGAUACUAAUAUUAGAACUGUAGUAUUCGUGGUGAAAUACCGGUAGACAAUAUCUUUAAAUGUUGUUUAUCAAUCAUGGACCGCUGUGUGUGUGUGUGUGUGUGUGUGUGUGUGUGUGUGUGUGUGUGUGUGUGUGUGUGUGUGUGUGUAUAUGUGUGUGUGUGUGUGUGUGUGUGUGUGUGUGUGUGUGUGUGUGUGUGUGUGUGUGUGUGUGUGUGUGUGUGUGUGUGUGUGUGUGUGUGUGUGUGUGUGUGUGUGUGUGUGUGUGUUUGUAAUCCAGCCUAAUAAAGAACUAAAAUG